AAUUCUUCUGAUUAGAGACCAUCAUGAAACUGGAUACAUGGUUUACAGCAGGUCACUAAUGUUGGAAAAAAGUACAGAGUCCAGCGAAAGACCUGCUUGUUACUUUCUGAAUUCUUGGACAUUUUGUGUGUGUGUGUGUCUGUGUCUGUGUCUGUGUGUGUGUAUGUAUGUGUGUGUCUGUGUGUGUCUGUGAGUGUAUGUGUGUGUAUGUGUGUGUAUGUGUGUGUGGUUUGGGGUUUGGGUUUGUUUUGUUUUUUUUUUUUUUCGGUUAACUUUCACUGAAGGUUACUGUAGCCUGUGGAAUCUUCCUCAAGGCCAGAAAAAUUGACAAGCUUCACCUUUGUCUUCCUCAAUGGUAUAAUGCUUUAAGUUCAAGAGGGACUUAUAACUAUACUUCAGAAUGUCUUCUAAUUCUGAUACUGACGGCAUCCAGGAAUCACUAAAGCAUGGAGUAACACCUAUCACGCUCGACUAGCUGAGAGCCCAGGGAAACUUACAAAGUCUGUAAAGCUCGGAUUGCUCACUAGAAGCCGGGAAACUAGAACCACUCUUGAAAAUCUUGACAUUUCACUGCCCUGUCCAGCCUGCACCAGGUUAAAAGUCCUCAGGGUUGAGCGACCCUGCACUUGUCAUGUCAAGUACCGGCUGUUCUCAGUGCCCUCUCUGGAGUGCGGAGCUGAGGAAGUGAAAGGUGCUGGGCUUCCGGACGGACACGGACACCCCAUCCCCGCCCGCAGCCGUCUUGUCAUGCUGCCCAAAGUGGAGACGGAAGCCCUAGGACUCGCCCGAUCGCAUGGGGAACAGGGGCAGAUGCCGGAAAACAUGCAAGUGUCUCAGUUUAAAAUGGUGAAUUACUCUUACGAUGAAGAUCUUGAAGAACUUUGUCCAGUUUGUGGAGAUAAAGUGUCUGGGUACCACUAUGGGCUUCUCACCUGUGAAAGCUGCAAGGGUUUUUUUAAGCGAACAGUUCAAAAUAACAAAAGGUACACAUGCAUAGAAAAUCAGAACUGCCAAAUUGACAAAACACAGAGAAAACGGUGUCCUUACUGUCGAUUUCAAAAAUGUCUAAGUGUCGGAAUGAAAUUAGAAGCUGUAAGGGCAGAUCGAAUGCGAGGGGGAAGAAAUAAGUUUGGACCAAUGUACAAAAGAGACAGGGCCCUGAAGCAACAGAAAAAAGCUCUUAUCCGAGCCAAUGGACUUAAACUGGAAGCCAUGACUCAGGUGAUCCAAGCAAUGCCCACUGAUCUGACAAUAUCCUCUGCGAUUCAGAACAUCCAUUCUGUUUCCAAAGGCCUACCUCUGAACCAUACUGCCUUGCCUCCUACAGACUAUGACCGAAGUCCCUUUGUAACCUCCCCCAUUAGCAUGGCCAUGCCACCCCAUGGAAGCCUGCAAGGUUACCAAACCUACGGCCACUUUCCAAGUCGAGCUAUCAAGUCUGAGUACCCCGAUCCUUACACUAGUUCUCCAGAGUCAAUAAUGGGUUACUCAUACAUGGACAGUUGUUACCAGACGAGCUCGCCGGCAAGUAUUCCACAUCUGAUCUUGGAACUUUUGAAGUGUGAGCCAGAUGAGCCACAAGUCCAAGCCAAAAUCAUGGCAUACUUGCAGCAAGAGCAAGCCAACAGAAGCAAACAUGAAAAGCUCAAUACGUUUGGGCUUAUGUGCAAAAUGGCUGACCAAACGCUCUUUUCCAUUGUUGAGUGGGCCAGAAGUAGCAUAUUCUUCCGAGAACUCAAGGUUGAUGACCAAAUGAAGCUGCUUCAAAACUGCUGGAGUGAACUCUUAAUUCUCGAUCACAUUUACCGACAAGUGGUACAUGGGAAGGAAGGCUCAAUCUUUCUGGUUACUGGGCAACAAGUGGAUUAUUCUGUAAUUGCAUCGCAAGCCGGAGCCACCCUCAACAACCUGAUGAGCCAUGCCCAGGAACUAGUGGCCAAGCUUCGUUCUCUGCAGUUUGAUCUACGAGAGUUUGUAUGUCUGAAAUUCUUGGUGCUCUUUAGUUUAGAUGUCAAAAACCUUGAGAACUUCCAGCUGGUGGAAGGAGUUCAAGAACAAGUGAAUGCUGCAUUGCUGGACUACACAAUGUGCAACUACCCACAACAGACGGACAAGUUUGGGCAGCUUCUCCUCCGGCUACCAGAGAUCCGGGCCAUCAGCAUGCAGGCUGAAGAAUACCUCUACUACAAACACCUGAAUGGGGACGUGCCAUGUAAUAACCUCCUCAUUGAAAUGCUGCAUGCAAAGAGAGCAUAAAUUCUUCCCCCAUUCCCUCGCCCCCAAGAGCUUAUUUCUGCUUUUGAAAAAAGAAAAAAGAUGAAAAAAAGGAAAGAAAUACUCUGAACUGCUCCAAGCAACACUAAUUAAAAACUUGGUUUUCAGACACUGAGAAAAUGGUAUAAUAAUCAAAUACUUAAUAGUAAAUAAGUGAUGUAUCAGGGUAUUUGUAUUGCAAACUGUGAAUCAAAUGCUACACAUCCCCAAAGGAAUAUAGGACACUACAAUAGAACUUGAUGAACUUUGCAGGUGGACACCAUCACCAUGUUGGAUGGGAAAGGACAGAACAAUUCUUGUAUAUUUAAACCGAUCUCCACUAAAUGAAGAAAUCUAGGAACAAAUUGACCUGUGUAUUUAAGCUAUUAGAUUGGGGAGGGAUUUGCGUGCACUGAAUUCCUUCACCAGAUAGCUGGAGUAAAAACGAUUCUAGAGGAUGCCAGCUGAACCUUCUGGCAGCAUCCUUUUUGCAUUAUCCUUCCAAGGACCCAACACCUACUCUCUUCUGUGAUCAUGGAUGUGUUCUCUAUGCAGGAACCUGUUUAAAAAAAAAAAAGAAAGAAAGAAAGCAAAGACCUCUGGAAGGCCACACACACACAAUAACCAUGCCACCAAAUCAUAAAAAGCCUGCACGUCGGGCCAACAAACCGCUAGUACGAACAGUCUAAGAAUAA